UGGUAAUUUGUCAUGUCCAACAUUUCAAAACUCCAUUAUGGCUGAAGAAACAUUAUAUGUUGUACAAAAUAGAAACAAUGAUGUGCACAUUAUACAGGUUUCCAACACAUUAUGCUAUUAUGAAAUAGACACAUUUGCCGACGACAAAGAAACAUGGCUGCUUGAAAAGAGACUCAAAAAUGCGUACAGUGUGUAUGUUUAAACCAUAGCUGAAGAAUAUACAGAUACAAUGUUUCAACAUCAAGAAAAUCAUUUGGUGCUAGAUAUCCUUAUUCCUAGAUCACGAGCAACUAUUGAUCUGGGAAGGACGGUCGCAGUAUCUGCAAUCGAUAUUACACUCAAUGCAGAUUCCUUUCAAAGGAUGUGUACAAAGAUAAAUUUUGAGUGCUUCAUCAGCAGAGAGAAAUUGAAUUUUCCGUACAGUACAGAAGCUUUGCUAUGUCCAUACAUCCCGGUUUGCCGCCUUGGACAGAAAUCUGCUAGUCUAGUUUUUACUAGGAUCAUGGAAGGGCGAUAUCUGGCUUUCAUUGUAAUGCACUUUGAACAUAUGACAGUAAAUGUGUUUAUUGAGCGAGUGGGACAUGGUAAGGAAAAUGUACCUUCUUUUCGCAUAUUUAGUUAACAUAUUAACUUAGAUAGUGGAAAUUACUUGAUGUAAAUUCGU